UCCUGUUGGUAUAACUGCAAGCAAACUAGAAUCCUGGCUCACUCUUUGUGCCUGCUUGUACCUAGGUACUGGCUCUUUUACUUUCCGUCUUAUGUCUGAAUUUCGUUCGAUAUCCCAGGAGUGCAGUGUCUGACUGUGGUUCAAAACUCUGUGGCUGGUUAUUACUCAAACCUUAUUUGACUUAGUUCAACAACCAAGGAGUCAAGUGAAAACAGCAUUGGAGAUGACUUAGUGUGACUGCACUGCACAAGUUUGUAGUAUUGAGACUGCGCUCGCUAGCACAGACCUAAAGCAUGCGGGCAGACAUAGCUGUUUGGAUCUCAGUGUCCACAGAAGUGCAAUGGGAGAUUUGCAGUGUUACCAGAUAUUCCAACGACUUGUGUUACUCUUUGAACAUAUAGGAUUGAUCAAGCAAAACGGCUUCCUCUGGAGACAGGCUCCUGUAUGCUUUCUUAUCACUUAUUGAUUCAUGACCAACCAGCAAUCAAGUCUGCGAAGAUGAUCAGGACCAUGUUGCUGUGACACCUGAAACAAUCGCUCGAGAGGCCCAAAGUGGUUUGAUGGACACUGGAAUAAAGUGUUUUGACACAACAUCUUCUUGUGAACCUGAACCUAUUCAGUAUUUUCAUUAGGGUUUAACUACAGUAGAAAGCCCCAGUCUGCUUUGACCAAUAUAAUUAGCUGUGUUAAACUGUUCAGUUGCCUGGUAUUGAUCAUCGGUUUUCCUUUGAAGCUAUGUUCCGCCUAUAUAAAACUUAACCAGCACCCAGGUUUGCUGGAAAUUGCUGCCUUCAGGUCUGAGCAAAUAGAAUCCAGGUUGACACAAAUAAAGCAAAACUGGUAAUACUCUACGGAAAUCCUGUUGCUUCUGAAAGGGGCCUCACCUAAACGAACUGAAGAGUCAUUGGAGAGCAGAGAUAAAAUGCAACUGGAGUCUGAUUUAAGAAACCCGACCAUGCUGAAGCACUGCAGAUUCAUCUGAGAUCCUGCAGAUUCAAAGUCCUUUGUCCUCUUAGUGGCCCAAUUGACUAGGUCCAGCCAUGUUCUGUGCUGGCCUCCUAUCAAGUUAAUUCUGUUUCGCCAACUCAGGCAGAACGGCAGGAGCGUUCAUCAAGAGAUUGGAUGCAGAGAAUCUGGUAAUCUAUGGCUUUAAAGCGAAGCUGUCCUGAAGCUGGCUAGACUGGAGCAAGCUCUACAUCAAUGAGGUGACAUGUUCUUCCAAUGAGAAAGUCUGCAGCAAUUCUUGUGAGAAUGCCUCGCCGAGGCCUAUUGAUGCAGGCUUGGACACGCCGUCUACUGCUGGGCCUCGCUCUUUUCUUCUGCCUCAUCUCCCUCUUGUACUUACUGGAGUGCACGCCCCGGCCAGACAAUGACCCUCUCCUCCUUGGCAUUCCAGGAAAACCGUAUGGCAAAGAAUACUAUCAGGCCCUCCUUCAGGAACAAGAGGAGCACUAUCAGACCCGGGCAGCAAGUCUCAAGCGGCAAAUCACUCAGUUAAAGCAGGAACUCCAGGAAAUGAGUGAGAAGUUGAAAUCUGUGCAGGAGAAGAAGGGUCCAUCUCUAACCGGCGGAGGUGCCCAGAGCAGCAAGGAAAACUUUCCCAAUGAUCUACUGGAGUUCUUGCACUCGCAGAUCGAUAAAGCUGAGGUCAGUGUGGGUGCCAGAGUGCCCAGUGAGUAUGCGGUGGUGCCAUUUGAAAGCUUCACCCUGACCAAAGUGUACCAGCUGGAGAUGGGCCUGACCCGGCAUCCUGAGGAGAAAGCAGUGAGGAAGGAUCGAAGGGAUGACUUUGCUGAAGCCAUUGAGGCUGGAAUUGAGGUGUUGAAUAACCCUGAGGAAGAGGAGGAAGAGCAGGAUAAUGAUGAUGAUGAUGAUGACCGGGCACAGAAACACAGCUACACUGAGAAUGACUUUGUAGAAGGCUACUACCGUACAGAAAGAGACAAAGGGACCUUGUAUGAACUGUUCUACAAAAAGGAAUUUCUGGAUGAAUUUCAACAUAUCACACUCUUCCGUCCUUUCGGGCCACUCAUGAAAGUCAAAAGUGAAACAAUCGAUGUCUCGCAGCAGAUCAUCAAUAUCAUCGUUCCUCUGUCCGGCCGCACUGAAGCGUUUGCCCAGUUCAUGCAGAAUUUCAGAGAUGUGUGCAUUCGACAGGAUGGACACGUUUACCUCACGGUCGUCUACUUUGGCCAGGAAGGGUUAGGUGAAGUGAAGAAGAUCCUGGAAAUGACUGCCAGUGAAACUAAUUUUCACAACUACACUCUGGUUCCUUUGGCUGAUGAGUUUUCUCGAGGACGUGGUCUGGAUAUGGGAGCCCAAGCCUGGGAGAAGGGAGAGGCACUGAUGUUUUUCUGUGAUGUGGAUAUUUAUAUAUCUCCUGAGUUUCUUAACAGCUGUCGAAUAAACACAGAGCCUGGUAAGAAAGUGUUCUACCCUGUUGUGUUCAGCUUGUACAAUCCAGCUAUUGUCUACGCCAAUCUGGAUGGUGCCCCAUCCAUUGAGCAGCAGCUGGUGCACAAGAAAGAUUCUGGGUUCUGGCGAGAUUUUGGAUUUGGGAUGACUUGUCAAUAUCGCUCCGAUUUCCUCACUAUUGGUGGCUUUGACCUGGAUGUGAAAGGGUGGGGAGGGGAGGAUGUCCACCUGUACAGAAAGUAUCUCCACAGUGACCUGAUUGUGGUGCGGACUCCGGUCUCCAGCCUCUUCCACCUGUGGCACGAGAAGCAUUGCGCAGACGAGCUGACUCCAGAGCAGUACCGCAUGUGCAUUCAGUCAAAAGCCAUGAACGAGGCUUCCCAGGCUCACCUUGGGAUGCUGGUGUUUCGAGAUGAGAUUGAGGCCCAUCUCCGCAAACAAGCCUACAGGACUGACAGCGACAUUCCUGACUGAGUCAGAGGCCUUUGCUAUUUGGCCUGUUCAGGCUUUUACAUUUGCGGUCUUUGGGUCAGCACCUGUUGUGUUUAGUAAUGGGACCACAGAUGACAAAAUAUUGUAUUACAUUGUGCUGUUGCAGUGCUUAAUCAAUGGCCCAAAAUGCGCUGAUGAGUUUACACAUCUGCGAGGAGUUCAGCGUUGUGUGUGCCAUUUGCUCUCACAAUACAAGUGUACCAGAGAUCCCAGAUACUCAGGAGUUUGUUGAGUGCUGGGGAGAAAAGAAUUUGCCUCUUCAGGUAUUCCUAUCCUUCACGCAAAGGGUCUUGCAUGAUAGGCACACUGUUGUUUGAAUGACUAGAUCCACCUAGUUCAGGAAUUUCCAGGGUUUCAAUAUGAACUUAUGGAAUAAUGACUAGGUAUGGAACAGUAUUAAUCUUCAGUGAAUAGGAUCACAUAUGCGCAAUUUCUAUGCACACUCUUUAUACUGCCAUUUUGUUUCCAGCCAUCUGUGGAAUGUUAUGCAAAGCCUCGCGAGUAGAAGGCCAACCAAGUCCUAGAAUCACCACCAAUUGUGUACAUAGAGGUCAGUUCAGCUCGCCUGAUUGUAUUAUGGACUCCAGGCUAAAGGACAUCAUAUUCGACUCUAAAUGAAGCACAUCAUGCAAACUGAUAGCAAGAGAGUGCUGCACUGCUAGCGGGGUGCUAUUCUUUGAAUGAAACGUUCAGUCGGUGCUCCGUCCCAUGGUAUUAUUCCAAGAUGAACAAAGGUCUCCUCCCAUUGUCUUGCCCAAUAUCUCGCUCUCUUUAUCUCUCAAUCAACACUCAUAAACAGAUUGACUGAUAUCAUUAUUUCUAACACAGAAUCAUUGGUGUUUUUAUCCCACAAGGAGAGAAUGCUACAAUCUCAGCAGGAGUUAUUAAGAUUGAGGGAGAAAGAGAUCCCACAUUAUUUUUAACUUCAAUAAUUGAACUUAUGUGUGAAUGUAACUAAAACAUUAGACUCAUUUUUCAACAUUUCUAAACUAUUUCAUUGUGUGUAAUAUGCUUCGAGAUGUUUCUGAGACAUGAAGUCCUCGUCUGUUGUAAUGUCUAUGUCUUUUAUCCUCUGAGGCCCAGUUUAGCUCAAUUAGCUGGAUGUCUGGUUUACAAUGCAGAGUACUGCAAAUAGAGUGGGUUCAAUUCCUGCACUAAGAGAUUCUUCUCAACCUCAUCCAUUGUCUUGAGCAUGGUGUCCCUCAGGUUAAGCCAUCACCAGUCAUCUCUCUUUAAUGAGAGAGCAGCCCUAUGGUCUGGUAGGACUAAUAUGACUUUACCUUUUAUCUUUUACCUUCUGCACACUUUUCUUUCCUCUGCUAAAGACUUGGAAAUGUGCUUCCCUCCCAAGACAUGAUGAGUAUGUAUUUCUGCAAGCCUGCAGACAGAAAAUGUGAUUUGUUCAUUAAUGGGCAAAACCUCGAGACUUGUGUGAUAGAGCCACAAGAGGUAGGAGAUUUGUGCUAUUGGAUUCUUAAUUAUAUUUUCAAUUCCUUUAUGUUUAUUUGGUGUAUGUGAGGCUAGUGGGGAGAAGAGUAGAUAAGAAUCAUUCCAGCAACAAAACUACCCAAAUCUGCAAUCAUUUUAUCUAACUUAGUUGGAUUGAUCUUCCAUAUCUAACUGUAAGGAAAACUGCGAACAUGACGGUUCGAUAGAUGUUUACCUGUAAGAUUCUCCUUCAAAUAAUACAAAGUACAUGUGGCAUAUUCCUGAGAUCAUGGUUCAGAUGAUAAAGCUUCUAGCCAAUGUUGUCUCUAAGCUCCACAACUGCUCUAGGGAUCUAGAGUGGACGGGUGGCACGGUGGCUCAGUGGUUAGCACUGCUGCCUCACAGCAUCAGGGUCCCAGGUUCAAUUCCAGCCUCGGGUACCUGUCUGUGUGGAGUUUGUACAUACUCCCUGUGUCUGUGUGGGUUUCCUCCGGGUACUCUGGUUCCCUCCCACAGUCCAAAGAUGUGCAGCUUAGGUGAAUUGGUCAUGCUCAGUGUUAGGUGCAUUAGUCAGAGAGAAAUGGGUCUCGGCGGGUUACUCUUCAGAGGCUUGAUGUGAAACAGGGCCUGUUUCCACACUGUAGGGAAUCUAAUCUAAUCUAAUCUGAGGUUUGCAAACUGAUGUGCCAGCACGUUGACUUCCUCUCUCAGAAGUCAUUGCUACGCACUGAAAGGUUCAUGCACUAGAGGGAGUAUUGCUUCUUGCUAUCAAAACUCCCAUCUUAUGCUGUGGAAAUGGGAUGUGGGUGUUUGCAGUGAGAUCAACAUUUAUCACUCAUCCCUCACUGUCCUGAACUGCUGCCUGGGACCACUACUAUCCUUAGGGUGUAAGUACCCGCAGUUCGGAAGGCAAUUCCAGGAUGUUGACCCAGUGAUAGUAAAGGAAUAGCGAUGUAAUUCCAAAUCAGGAUAGGGAACUUGGAUUGGAACUUCCAGGUAGUGUGUUUGCAUGCCCUUAUAUCUCAAGAUGGCAGGAGCUUGCAGGGUUGGAAAGAGCUGUCAAAGGACCAUUAGUAAUGAUGUGUUGCAGUGUAUCUCGUAGAUGCUACGCAUUGUUGCCAUUGUGCAUUAUGGUGAUGCAGGCUUUGAAUUUGAGGGUGUCCGAUACCUACUCUUUGAAUGGACUACUUUGUGCUUGAGUGUGCUGAACUUCUUCAGUGUUCUGAUUAGAUUCCCUGCAGUGUGGAAACAGGCCCUUCGGCCCAACAAGUACUCCAUCCCUUCAAAGAGUAACUCACCGAGACCCAUUUCCCUCUGACUAAUGCACCUAACACUAUGGGCAAUUUAGCAUGGCCAAUUCACCUGACCUGCACAUCUUUAGACUGUGGGAGGAAACCCACGC